UGUUGUGAUAAACUUAUUAAAUAGAUCGAAAUGGUAAUUUAGUAGUAAAUUGUCAGAUUGGUUUGUAAUAAAAAAUAUAUGGCUUCAUCACCUGCUGGUGGAUCCGCGACGGGAUCUGAUGGCCGUCGUCAUCGCGGAAUGCUGGCGUCGUACUAUGGGCUUGCGGCAACUUCGCCUACUGACUCACCGGAGAACGCAAGUGGAUCAGAAGUUAGAAGCGACGCUGUAGCCGUAAAGGCCUCGGAAUCUCUAGACCCAUGCGAUUUGGACUCUUCUGCGUUCAGUCCAGAUCUGUAUUUGAAUAAGAUCAAGAAAGAAAAGAGUCUGACUGAGCUAAUGGACACUGAACACGAGAUGGUCAGACAAAUCCGGCUGCUAGAUAAUGACAUGCAAACACUAGUGUACGAAAACUACAACAAGUUCAUCUCGGCUACGGAUACUAUCAAGAAAAUGAAGACCGAUUUCCAUAAGAUGGAAGAGGAAAUGUCUGAGUUGCGAGAGAGUAUGGGUGCAAUCGGGAGGCACUCCCAGAGCAUAGACCAGUCUCUCCACACUGGAAGAGACCAGAUCCAGAAAUUGAGUGGGGUGCACCGGAUGUUGAAGAAGCUGAAGUUGCUGUUCGAAUUGCCGUCGAGGAUAUCAAACUGUAUUGACGUUAGAGCUUACAAUCAAGCAGUUAGAUACUACACGAAGUCUUCGAAGAUCCUUGAAAAGUACGAGCACAUCUCGUCGUUUCGAGCAAUCAGAGAAGAAUGUGAUGAAAUCAUAGUUGGUCUAGUGAGUAAACUAGAAGCACAACUGGGCGAAAGAAGUGUGUCACCCAGACAACUGUCACAGGCUGUGGAGUUGCUAUUGGAACUAGGACAAUCUCCGUCUAAACUAUGCGCUCAGUAUUUGCUACAUGCGCAAGAAAAGCUGGAUGGUGAUCUAGCUCAACUCACAGGUCAAGUGAAGAGAAUAAUCCCCCAGAAUACAUCUCCAAGUCAAGAGCAAACAACGGACAGUGAAAAAACGAAAGCUCAAAAAGACGAGUCGAAACUUCCGGGCGGUGAGGAAUCAGAGAAGGAGGGAAAGAAAGGAGGAGGUGGGAAUGAGUUCAAGGAGGAUAUGUCAGGACUGUACAUUGAUGUUUUGGAGUAUGUCGACAUAGGUUGCAAUGGAUUCGUCACCAAUAUAUCGCUGGUCAUCUCAACCUACCAGAACUUGUUCAUGAAGACAUCAUCUGGGGAUGUUUUGACCGAGAUGACUAAUCAGCUGAAUGAGUUCGCUCAGUCCAAUUUGGAGAGAUAUAUCGACUUGAUUCGCCAGAGAAUUGAAUUUGAAUUGUCGGAAUUAUGUGGAAAAGAAGACGUAGAGCUGGGCAGCACUGUGUUCCUGGUUCGGGCCUUGGAUAGGUUCUACAGGCGAAUUGUGCCCCUGGACAAACUGAUCUCGACCCUGGAAGUGGGAAAACGCAGUCUGGCGCUCAUAUGUCACGCGGGCAAAGCCAUGUGCAAUAGAUACUACCAGAUACUUCAGCAGUACUUCCUCGACGGAGUUCUGACUCUUCGCCAGCAGAUAGUGCAGCAACAGCAGUCUCAUUCGCCCAAACACAUCGUGGCAUCAGUUCAGUCUGCGGGCGGAAGAGUGGGACCCUCUGGAUCGUCAGCCGGAGGCAGCAUCACUCUUUCUGACAUGCUGGCAACUUUGGAACAAAAUGUGGUGGAGAAAUUGAAGGCAGUGCUCACAACUUUACAUUCCUUUGCGGCUCCCGACGUGACAUUUGCCUGUCGCCCGGAAUUCAGUGACGAGUUCUCCAAGAGUGACGUCAGGGAAGGAGUAGUGGUGAAAUUCAUCAAGUUCGUUCUGCAACAUGCCCAGGAAAUGAGUGAGAAAAUGGAGCAGAAGACAGUGUCUCAAUCGCCCACUAUUCUGGCCGUGAUGUCUCGACUCUGUCUGGACUACAACCAGAUGAGCAUAUCAUAUAUGUUGUCCAUAGCCGACGAACAGUUCCGCAUAAAAGACAAGUCAUCACUGACACCUGUUGCUACCCUAUCCAACAUGGCACAGGCAACCGCCAAGAAGAUAGUGACGCAUUUCGUCAAGGUGCAGGGACUGCACAUCAGUCUUAUGAUCCGGAAGAGUGUGGAGACGAGAGACUGGAUCAACACCAUCGAGCCCAGAACAGUCAGGGCAGUGAUGAAGAGAGUGGUGGAGGACAUCACCAGUGUGGACAAAUAUGUGGGUCAGUUGUACGAGGAGGGCAAGAGGAAGGAGCGAAGCAGUGAUUCGGGUAGGAGAAGCUACUCUCGAUUCGGAGCCAACACAUUCUCUCCCUCGUCUGCAGUCAGUGGCACUGCAAGCAGAAAUAGAGGCCCAUACACACAAAGCAAUAACGCCGCAGGGAACUUUAACACUUCUCUGAUCACGAAUAUCCAGAAGCUGUUCUCAGAGAAGGUAGACGUCUUCAUGGCAGUCGACUUCAAUAGAGUCUCUAUCAUGACUGGAAUUGUCAAAAUUUGUCUCAAGACGUUGCUUGAAUGUGUGCGAGUGCGCACCUUUGGCAAGUUUGGACUCCAACAGAUGCAGGUGGACUGUGCGUACCUGCAGAACUUUCUAGAACGCUUCGUGUCAGAUGAGCUCAUCGUCAACUGUCUGUUAGAAGAAGCAGUGACAAGUGCCGCUCAUCGAUGUCUGGAUGCCGCGCCGAUGGAGCCAAGUGUAAUUGAGCUUAUAUGCGAAAGAGGAUAAAAGCAAAACUUUCGGUGUCAAUAUUAAAUCGAAUCAUGGAAGAUAAUGAAAACUUGAUGCAUGAAAUAAUAAUUGUAGUUUUAAUCAUUGAAGCAGAUAUUCUCUUCAACUUGAAUAUACCAAGUCCCAGACGUGGUUUUAAAUCAACUGUAUAUGCGAAUUGUAUUCAAAUCAAAAAUUGUAAAAAAAAACCCAACCUUAGGAGGUGCAGUUAAUGUUUAUUGCUUUGUUAAACUAAAUUAUGGAAUUUAUAUUAAAGUUUGUCAUGAUUUUUAAGCCUUCUCGAAACUGCGAUUGGCAAGGAUCAUACAACCGUAUUCUGCCGUUUAAGCCUUAAUGA